UGACAGUUCAGUCAGCGCAUCUUGUUAUAUUCUUCAAAUUUUUACCUUAAGUUGGUAAAGGGGCGGUCUUUCCAAAGCGCCAAAGAAUGGGCAUAUCGUGAGGAUCGGUGGUUCCGGUCAAUAUAUACGGUAAAUCUAUGUGUUCUCACUGCGGGAUCUCCGUCUUGGAACAAAAGACUUAAAUAAGUUUUACAGGAAAUCCGAAAGGAUCACAACAUUACAAUGCCAGAACAAAACAUGGAGUCAGGAAGUGCCGAGUGUCAGCCUGUAGAACUGCAGCCGUUCAUCCACCAGGUUGGGGGCCAUACUAGCAUGUUUCGAUUUAAUGAGAACACUGUGUGUAAACCCCUUUGUUCACGAGAAUACCAUUUCUAUUCAACACUGCCUCAAGAGUUGCAUCCUUUUACCCCAGAAUUCAAAGGGAGUAUAGAGGUCCAGUUGAUAGAAGACAGUGAGGGUUACGUGACAUUUGUGGGUUACCCGUCCCAUGCUUCUAAAGACGUGCCAUGCUCAUCAAGACCUUCAGAGAACAAAGGCAGGAGGAGUCCAGAUAUGACAUCUCAAUCUCGAGCAGGGAAGAGUCCCACACACGGCUGUUAUAGUAUGCGGUUACUGCGCAGUGGCAGUAUAGAGAUGGUCAGCCAGACAGGGAAGCAGUUCUCAGACAGCAAAUUCGAUGGGUCAGGCACAGCUGCCAGUCUGAACCCGUGGAGUAUCAGCUGUCAUAAGCGACAAAUGGCCAAGAUGAGGAAGUCCAAGGCAGACUCUGACUCUGACUCCAAGUUUAUCUUACUGGAGAAUGUUGCUGCUCAGUUCAGGUAUCCAUGUGUCCUUGACCUCAAAAUGGGCACCCGGCAACACGGAGAUGAUGCGCCCGAGUCUAAGAAAAAAAGUCAGAUGAUGAAAUGUGAAACAACAACAUCAGCAACAAUAGGCCUAAGAAUUUGUGGUAUGCAGGUGUACCAGGCAAGUAGUGGGAAGUACAUCUGUCACAACAAGUACUAUGGGCGGAGCUUGAGUGUAGAUGGGUUCAAACAGGCAUUACAUCAGUUUUUACACAACGGUCAUCGCUUACGGACAGAUGUCAUUCACUUGUUCGUGGCAAAGCUUCAGCAACUUUAUACAGUAGUAGAGAAACAGGAGACUUUCCGCUUUUACUCCAGCUCUCUGCUGAUGAUGUAUGAUGGGGCGGAGCUCACAGAUACGUCUAGCCCCUCUCCCCAGGGUAAUCCUGGCCCCUCCACUCCACACCCCUCACCCGCACAGAACCCUAACACGGACAAUUCAGUGUCUCUAGAAUCAUUACCUAGUACAUCCACAUCAUUGUCAUCUGACACACUAUGUGAUAACCACAAGCAUCGGACAUUGGGCACACCCAGCGUGGACGUGCGUAUGAUAGACUUUGCCCAUGCUACGCACAAGGACUUCCUUCAAGAUGUAGCAGAUCACAAUGGACCAGAUCGUGGCUACUUGUUUGGUCUGGAGAAUUUGACAAGGCUUCUCCGGGAAUUUCAACACAGUUACAGUACGGCUAGCUAACACAACUGAAACAAAUAAUAAUAACUUUACUGUAACUUGUGUAUAUUUUAUUGGCACCAAUUACUGUUAAUUUGUUUUUUAUUACCUUGUGAUUUUAGAUGUAUCAGUGUAAUAAUGGUGAAUGAGUAACAGCUACAUGUUGAGGUGCCAUUGGGGAAUAAGUGGCUCAGGGGCUCACAUGGGUGCUAAUCUGUAGGAAAAGCAAUAUCAAGUAGUGUAGAGUGAUCUCAAAUUUCAAAUCUCAUUCCACCUGAAAUUAACUGAUAUGUGUGGUAGCCUUUAGAAGAGUGUUAGAAGUAGAGCUUUAUUACUUUUUUGAUUUUUAUUUUUUGCCUCCAGUUUUGUUUGAUCUGAAGCCCUAUUCAUCAGUACAACUCUUCUUCCUCUUAGACUGAGCCACGGAGGCCCCUCUUCCUCUUAGAGGAGAGAACACUAGGUAACCUGGGCUUGUGCAGAACAAGUCUCCCAAGCCAUUUUAUGAGAAAAGCUUUAAGCGGAACCCAGUAGUAAGCAGUGGAUGUGCCAGCAAGGUUGAAAUGGUUUGAGAUCUAGUGAUAAGAAGCACAUUGUUGGUGCCCAGUUCUAAGUGGAGAAAGUAUUUGUAUGUAUCGCUCAUUCAUAUUUUGCUUAAUUAGAGUGAUUUAUGCAUAGUUUUUAUUUUUAAAAAUAUUGAUGAAUAAUGGAUUGUUAUAUGCACUUUUGCAUGAGAGUAUAAUCUAAGUCAAUUGAUUACUCUUGCAAUACAUUGGGUACAAGAGAUGGAACUUCGUCAGAAAGAUAGUUUAGGUAAGAAAUGUAGCAAUGAGUACUACAAUUUUACAUUUAUUCAUUUGUCUAUUUCAUCCCAGGAUAGAGAUGAGGGAUGAAGCCAUUCUACGAGUCCUUGGGCAUUGAAAAGUGUUAAUUCUUGUUUGUUGCGAGGGGUUAGGGUGUUAGGGGUUUGUUUUGUGAUUUUGUUUUGUAUUGUGAUUUUGUUUUGUAUUGUGAAAGGACUGGUUUUAUUUAGAAGUAAAUAUGGACAGAAUAUGGUGAAAGUUUCGGUCUGAUUUUUCCUAGAGAAGUAUUACUUAUUUAUAACCAUAUUGGUUAGAGUCUAGACUUGGGACUAUAUUGACUGGAUUGGCUAUAGCCUAGAACGAGCUUUAUAACAGGAAAGCAUUGCUCCAAUGAUCUCAGAUUUAUUGUUAUCGUUUACUGUGUAAAUUUGAUACCUGCUUAUUGUUAAAGUCUUGCAAUACCUUAGAAAGGUAUGACGGACAGUACUGCAAGUUGAAUCGUUUUUAUCAAGGCAGCUGAUAGAAGAAUGGUGUAGCGGUCCGAGGUUUACAAAAUCGUGAGGUUUACCACUGGCUAUCAAAUCAGCUGAUUGAUUCAUAUAGGAAAAAGUUGCAAGAUUUUGCCCCAACUGAAUACAUUUCAAAACUGAAAUGUAACCAAUCAUAUUGUCAAACUGGGUAAGAUAUAUGCAUGUAAUGUAAACAUGGUGUUUAAAAAUGUAGGUUCAUUGUUUGCUGUAACACUGAGUAAACAUGUAAUGGCCAAAACUACCUCCAGUAUGAUUCACGGAGCGCCAUCAGACCCCACCCCCAACCCAUCCAACCCACUCCCCAACACACAUCCUACCCCCACUCUCACACAUACUCCUAACCCUCUCAUCCACAUAUAAGUUCUUUCCAGGGCAAUAUUGAAGGUUUUUUUUAACUAUUGAGUUAUUAUUGAAUUUGUAACAUGGAAACCCUUACACAGUUUGUAUGGUUUAUUUCAUUUUUUAUUUUCACGUGAAGUAUUGUAUUUGAACGGCCUAUAAUUUAAUUGUUAACAUUGUUACCCUGGUUAUACUCUCUUACCUGUUGACAGUUGUAAAUAUUGUAAAAUAUUAUGUAAAGAAAGAUUAUUUA